AUGGACAGCCCCGCCGCAUCUUUGCACGCCAAUAACACGGAAACGACGACGCAAACCGACGCUGCAGUGACCGCCGUCUCGGCCCGAUGGGAUCCCUGCGCCUCGCACAGCGACUGCGACUCGUGUCUGAACGCCAGUCUCACGUGCCACUUUUGCCCGAGCGAUUUCCAGUGCCACGCCAUUGGGUCUCCAUUCGGAUGCCCCGUAGGAGUCUCAGUCUGCCACCGUCUUGAAGACUGUCAGCGACCCGAGCCGCAGUACGUGGGCUACGGACCGCCGCCUUCAGUGGUGAUUGCCGUGCUCUGUCUUAUGGUGACGCUGACUUGCUGUUGCUGCGGCGUUUCGGCUAUUUGCUCGGUGUUUUGCCGAGCCAAGAAGGCGCCGACACGACGCGCUGCAGUUGCGGCUGCGCUCAAUGAGAGCGUGCGGGAGAAAGAUAGAAGACGGAACCUUACAGACGAAGAAGAACUUGCACAAGCUCAGAGACAGCCUCUGCUUCUCGGCGAGAUUCGAGAGGGAGAAGUUCGUCUGUUCGAGAACGAGGUGGACCAGGAGUCACUAGAGCGCCUACACACCCGCUACGAGGCAGACGAGAGACUGACGAACUGGCGCGGAGUAGCUGCGCGGGUCACGUGGCUCACGCUGCUUAUUACGACGACUGUACUGGCGCUCAUGUUCUACCCACGAAUGCCAGACUACAACGUGUGCAACCGAGAGUUUGAGUGGGAAUCCAUCCUACAUAGUAUCAUGGGCUUAGAGCCAAAGGUGGAAUAUCAGGUGCUUGUGAGCGUGAUCAACGAGAACCGCUUCGGUUUCGUGCUCGAAUCAGGACGCGCUGAUAUUUACCACAAAUCCACUCUGGUAGGCAAGUGGGAGCUCGACAAGCCAUGGAAAGCUAAAGCCGGCUCUAUCAGCGAUAAAAUCGCGGGAAUCAAUAUCAAGCCCGGAUUCGCUGAAGGCAUUGCGUUGUGGAAAGAUUUUAGCAAGAACGAGCUUGUUUUUCGCAUAAAUGCUACGAUCACGGGGUCCAUCACGUGGGGUCGCUACAAGAUUUACCGCAUUUCAUCCUCAACGCCGGAUGUCGAGUUCCUCGUUGGAGCGGAGUACGAUCGCGGACUUUGCAAGUGCACCGAGUAUCUGACACCAACGUAA